CCGCCUCCGCCAUUCCAACCUCUCCUUUCCCGGGCUUCCGCUGAGCUCGCGCGGGGGCGCAAACUGAAAGUGAGAAGCCGGGGCGGCCGCCGCCGGGGACAGAUUUUUGGUUGCCUUAUUGUUUGAAGACUCUCCAGCUGCUCUGAUGGUAGCUUAAGAAGACCGCACUCUGUGGCCGCCCCAUGCCCAGCCAGGCCCACUCAGAACCUUGGAUCUCUCUCCUUCAUGGAUACCAGGUCCCAGCAGGAAUGGCAGGGCUGGAAAUUGGCACCCAGAUGGUUCCUCUGCGGGAAGUUGUCUUGGGCAAUGGGCUGAUGCGAGAACACCUGGUGCCCAGCCCGGCCCCCUGUCAGUCACCCAGGGCAGGGCAGCAUGGUGCGGGUUCAGAGGAGGAAGCUGCUGGCAUCUUGCCUGUGUGUUGCUGCGACCGUCUUUCUGCUCGUCACACUCCAGGUGGUGGUGGAGCUGGGGAAAUUUGAAAGGAAGAAGUUUAAAAAUCCCAAGUUGCAAGUCGGACAUAUGGAAAUGGAGGAAGAGCCCGAACAUCUCCAUCCGUUCCUCAAGAAAGAAGAACUGACCUUGACAAAUAAAGUGGAGGAGGAUGGCUUCCCGGUCAUGCUCUGGUGGACCCCACUGACUGGGGAGGCAGGGCGGCUGGGCCAGUGUGGGGCGGACGCCUGCUUCUUCACCGUCAACCGGACCUACGCGGAUCACCCCAUGACCAAGGCGUUCCUCUUCUACGGUACCGACUUUAACAUAGACAGCCUACCUCUGCCUCGGAAAGCCCACCACGACUGGGCCCUUUUCCACGAAGAGUCCCCGAAAAACAACUACAAACUGUUUCAUAAGCCAGUCAUCACCUUAUUCAACUACACCGCCACCUUCAGCCGGCACUCGCACCUGCCGCUGACAACCCAGUACCUGGAGGGCGUAGAAGCCCUGACGUCACUCCGCUACCUCGUUCCUCUGCAGACCAAGAACGACCUGCGGAAGAGACUUGCUCCCCUGGCCUACGUGCAGUCGGACUGCGACCCGCCGUCCGACAGGGACAGCUAUGUCCGCGAGCUGAUGACCUACAUCGAGGUCGACUCCUAUGGCGAAUGUUUACGGAACCAGCAUCUCCCUCAGUCCCUGGGAAACCCAUCUUCCAUGGAUGCUGACGGCUUUUACAGGAUCAUCGCGCAGUACAAGUUUAUCCUUGCCUUUGAGAAUGCGGUCUGCGACGACUACAUCACAGAGAAGCUCUGGAGACCCCUGAAACUGGGAGUGGUCCCCGUGUAUUACGGAUCCCCCAGCAUCGCGGACUGGCUCCCCAGCCCCCAAAGCGCUGUUCUCGUCUCCGAGUUCCCUCACCCCAGAGAGCUGGCGAGGUACAUCAGGCGGCUGGAUUCUGAUGACGGGUUGUACACGGCCUACACAGAGUGGAAGCUCAAGGGGGAGAUCUCUAACCAGCGGCUCCUGGCAGCCCUCAGGGAGCGGCAGUGGGGCGUGCAGGACGUCACCCAGGACAAUUACAUCGAUGCCUUUGAGUGUAUGGUGUGCAGCAAGGUGUGGGACAACCUGAGGCUUCAGCAAAAGGGCUUACCACCCAAAAGCUGGAAGGCAGAAGUCAGCCACCUGAGCUGCCCAGAGCCUACCGUGUUUGCUUUCUCGCCUGUGACUGCUCAGGCUCCGCGUCGGCGCUCUUUGCGGGAGAUGUGGAUCCCAAGCUUCCGGCAGUCGAAGAGAGAAGCCCAGGCCUUGCGGUGGCUGGUGGAUAGGAAUCAAAACUUUUCCACUCAAGAGUUUUGGGCCUUAGUGUUCAAGGACUAAUUUCAGAAAGUGUCGGAAUGACACAGAACAGAGCCUUGUUGGGGUUUCUUUUCUAGGUUGCCUUAAUAGUUGCAUAUGAUAGCUAUCAUGUUGACUGUCACUAGGGGAAGAAUUAUUGCUGCUGUACUCAUCAUGAGCCCAAUCAAGUCAUAGAUUUGAACCUUCCUUAGGGGUUGCCGCCGUAUUUUUUAUACUAAGAAAGUCAAUGCAUCUCACAGACUCUGGUCCUCUUUGGUUUCCUCAUCUGGACCCAUACUUAUUACCUUUGAAUAGUGACUCCUCUGAUGUACAUGGUGGAGGUGAAGGUUCUGGCUGUGGAUUUUUUGGGUACUUAACCAUCAAUAGCUUAUUGGUAAUUGACAAGCCUAAUAUGCUGAUGCUCAAUGUGAGCAUGAAACACACCGGACCUUGGCAAUGACACAGACCAUCUGUUGGUUUCCAGGGAUGUAAGUACUAAACACUGUGCCAAGUUUAUCUGCUGUCCACCACCUUCAAAAGAACAUGGACAUGGGCACCGGUUCUAGUUCUGGCUGCUCCUCUUCCAAUCCAGCUCUCUGCUAUGGCCUGGGAAAGCAGUAUAAGAUGGCCCAAGCUCUUGGACCCCUGUACCUGCGUGGGAGACCUGGAGGAAGCUCCUGGCUCCUGGCUCCUGGCUUCUGAUCGGCACAGCUCUGGCUGUUGUGGCCAUCUGGGGAGUGAACCAGUGGAUGGAAGACCUCCCUCUGCCUUUCAAAUAAAUAAAUAAAUCUUUAAAAAAAAGAACACAGGCAUAUCUACCUUCUCUGUAAUCUCCAUCACCUCUCCAAUCUUUUAUGUCUUCAGCUUGCUAGUGGCCUUCCCACAUUGCCCCUUCAAAGUGAAAUGUCUUGCAUAGACGUGACUCUUCCUUGUGUAUUUUGAUCAGAUGCAGUCGAUUGCUCCUUAUACUGGUGAACAGAAUAACAAUGAGAUUUGGGUGAUUCAGACUGAACAACAUGACUGCAAAAGUGAACACCCCCAGUCCCUCCAGCUGUGUUGCAGCUGAUGUGUCUUGGAUGAUGUACAGCCUGUCGUGCUGGGCAACCACAGGCAUUUGGUUUGUGAGCACUGCCUGUCCUUUGUGCUCUGGUCACAGAGCAGGUUCAGCUGUCUUGUCUAGGGUGUCUCUUGGAGCUCGACAAAAGCAAGAGGAAACAAGACUGGUUAACAUUUUAUCUCCCUGUAAGGGUGAGGUGGCUUCUGAAUUCUACCAAUGCUUUUUAGCCACCUGAUGGGUCAUGGCUUCUGAAUUCUUUAUUGGUACUAGGGUCCGGGAAGAGUCUGAUAUUCAAGUCUAUGGUGUGGUGCAAAGUGGAAAGUUGAAGAGCUCCCAUGGUAGCAGUGGCCCUCUUAUUGCAGUGCCAUUGUGUCUGGCAGAAAUCAAUGUCCUCUUCACAGAGCACUCUCUCUGGCAGUGGCAGCCAGUGUUUGGGAAAUGAGGACUAAAAUUAGCAUUUUUUUUCCUCUGAAAUUUUUAGUUAUCUUGCAGAGAGGGAAGGGGGGAAGGAGACUGAGAGAAAGAGGAGAGAGAAACACAGAUCCCAUCUGCUGAUCACCCCUCCUACCCCUGCAUACCUGCAAUGGCUUAGCCAAGCCCUGGAAACUCAAUUCAGGUCUCCUAUAUGUGUGUUGGAACCUAAUAUCUGAGCUAUUCCUGCUGCCUCAUAGGGUCUGCCUUAGCUGAAAGCUGGAAUCAAGAGCUAGAGCCAGGCAUUGACCCUAGGCAUUCCAAUAUGGGACAUAUCUCUCAUGUUUUAGCCAUUAGGCUAAAUGCUUGCUCCAGCACACUUCUUAUAAGAAGGGUCACAUUUCUGAGUGGGAAGUGUUUAUAACUGAAUUCUUCCCAAUGCCAGCCCUGCCACUAACUAAAUAUGAUCUUAGACAAAUCUCCCACCCUCCUUGAGCAUUAUUUUUGCAUCUAAAAAAAAGUGAUUGAGCUGGUCUUGGGGGGCUGUUUUCUAUGUAACAUUGAUUAUUUAUCAAAAAUUAAGAAGUUUGCUUUUGGAGCUGGGUUGUGGCAUAGCGAGUAAAGCUGUCACCUAUGACACCAUUAUGCUUACCAUAUGGGUGCUGCUGGGAGUCCUGGCUCCCCCACUUUUGAUCCAGAUCCCUGCUAAUGGCUUGGAAAAAGCAGCAGAUGGUGGCCCAAGUGCUUGGGUCCCUGCCACCCAUGUGGGAGACCUGAAAGAAACUCCUGAUUCUUGGCUUUGGCCUGACCCAACCCUGGCUGUGGCAGCCAUCUGGGGAAUGAACCAGUGGAUGGAAGAUCUUUCUCUGUCUUACUCCCUACCUCUUUCUGAAACCCUGAUUUUCAAAUAAAUAAAAAUGAAUUUUUAAAGAAAAGGUUUACUGUUAUAAGUGUUUUUAUUAAGGCAGUAACAAAAUCUUUGAGAGCUACUGUGUUAUUCAGGGAAGUAUGUUCUUUGGAGGGAAGACCAUUCUUUUUGGAUAAUAUCGAGGCAGAGGGAACUUGGUCUUUCUGCCAUUUUAUCUGAUACUAUUCAAGUAGUAAGAAUUUUGUUUGCUAAAGGCAAUGUUUUAAGUUUUAUACUAAAUGAAGUGGGUUUUUUUUUGAACCCUCAAAAUAAAGCCCAAGAGAUUGAUUUUGCCACUGGUAAGCUGUCAUGAGAGCUUUGGUUCUUCUGCCUAAAUGCCCGAAACAGAUGCCCACUGCUUAUUAUGCUGCCUGUAUGUCCUAAACCUCGUAUGUGGGGGCCGGUGCUGUGGCAUACUAGGCUAAGCCACUGCAUGUGGUGUCGGCAUCCCAUGUGGGUGCCAGUUCCAGUCCCGUCUGCUCCACUUCCCAUCCAGCUCCCUUAAUGGCCUGGGAAAGCAUUGAAAGAUGGCUCAAGUGCUUGGGCCCCUGAAUCCAUGUGGGAGACCCAGAAGAAGCUCCUGGCUCCUGGCUUUGGAUUGGCCUACCUCCAGCUGUUGCAGCCAUUUGGGGAGCAAGUCAGUGAAUGGAAGACCUCUCUCUCUGCCUCUGUCUAUAACUGCUCUCAAAUAAAUAAAUAAAUAAAUACAUAAAUCUUUUUUUUUUUAAAGAAAUCCUCAAAAGUGCCAUGUGAUCUUGUUCUGAGUUCUUCAUCAAGAGCACACAGGUAGCAUUCUCCCUAAACUUUUCUGAAGGAUAUAUUCAUGAACUAAAAUCAUUGUUGGGUUUAAUGUACUAUGAAGAUUUUGUGCGUGCAGAGGAGGCUAUAGAAGGGGGAAUUCCCUGGGAGGGAAAUUGAGUGGAUUUCAAAGAAAAUAAAUUAGAGUUCCUUGGAACUCUUAGUACUCACAGAUUUGUGAAUUUAUUUUUUGCAUAGCAUAUAUUUCUAUAAUACAACUUGGUUAAUGAGAUGAUGCCCUCUUAUUUUUGACACCUGCUUUUAUGGAGGAAGGAGUAUGUCCCCAGUGUAGCAUGAUCUUUACCUGCAAAGUAGUAGCUAUACUUGUUGAAUUCCAUGUAAGGUCCUUUAGCACAUUUUACCUGUGUUGAUUCCAUCAUUCUAUACUUUUCCCAUUAUCAUAAAAAAGCAACCUACUUCCCAGGACUGUUGUGAGGAAUGACUUGGUACAAUGCAACAUUCUCAUUAGUGCAUCAGUACAUUUCACUUUGCUUUGUUCUUCAGGACUAAUUUUCAAACAAUGAUAAAAUGAACAAAAAACACUUUCAGAAAUGUUGGGAGAAAGUGAUUAGCAGUACUCAUCAACAGUCCUCACUUCUUCACCAGAAAAUGGAGGCAGUUUUGACCUUUGAUCAUACAGCAACUGCAUUUCAGAAUCUGAAUGCUGCCUGGCAUAUUUGUUGCUCUUAAGGACUAGAUUCUAACAACUAUAAUAUCAACUGAGAUCAUUACACUUGUUAGUUACUGAAUGCAUUUAGUGUGCCCUACACUACUCAAAAACAAGAUAUGUGGGCACAAAUGAGCAUCAUUUCUCUUGUCACACUGUGUAGUGUCCAUCAGAGAAUCUAGUCAGCACCUAUAGGGCACUGUAUGAAUCCAGCCACACUAUAGACUUGAUCUUGAACUUGAAAUACUAAAAAAGUCACUGGAGCUUCACUAGCAAAUUGAAUCCAACAUCAGGUUAAAAAGAUCAUUUAACAUGAUCAAAUGGGAUUCUUACAAGAAUGCAAGGAUGGUUCAACAUACUCAGAUCAAUAAAUGUGGUAUACAACACCGAAAGAACAAAGAACAAAAAUCAUAUGAUCAUCUAAACAAAUGCAGAAAAGACAUUUAAUAAGAUACAGCAUCCAUUCAUGAUUAAAAAAAAAAAAAAACCUCUGAGCACCUUAUGUAUAGAAAGAAGAUACCUCAACAUAAUAACCAUAUUUAACAAGCAAAUAGUUAACAUUAUAUUGAAUGUAGAAAACUUAAAGUUUUCUCUGCAAGAACUAGAACAAGGCAAGUGUGCUCAUUUCCACCACUUCUAUUCAGCAUAGAACUGGUGGUCUUAGCCAGAGCAACUAGGCAGGUGAAAGAAAUAAAGGGCUUCUGAAUUGGUAAAGAGCUAGUCAAAUUGACACUGUUUGCAGAUGACAUAAUAUUUUAUGUAGAAAACCCCAAAGACUCCACUAAAAAGGUGUUAGAACUAAUAAGCAAAUUCAACACAGUUUCAGCAAACAAAAUUUGACGUACAAAAAUUGAUAGCAUAGUUAUACGCCAAUAGUGAAUCAUCUGAAAAGGAAAUUAACACACAAAUAAAAUACCUGGAAAUAAAUUUAACCAAAAAAGUGAACAAUCACUCUAAUAAAAGCUGUAAGUCAUUGAUAAAAGAAAUCGAAGAGGACACAAAGAAAUGGAAAGAUACCUUCUGUUCAUGGAUUGGAAAAAUCAGUGUUGUUAAAAUGUGCACACUAUCCAAAGUGAUUUACAGAUUUAAUGUAAUCCUACCAAAAUCCCAAAGGUAUUUUUCACAGAACUAGGAGAAAUACUACUAAAAUUAGUAUGGAACCACAAAAAGCCCAAGUACCCAAAGUGAUCUUGAACAGAAAGAACAAAGGAGGCAUUUUAUUACCUACCUUUAAAAUAUAUUACAAAGCUACAGUAACUAAAACAGUGUAGUUUGGUAUAAAAAUAGACCCAUAGACAAAUGGAGCAGAAUAGAGACCAUACAGGUAAACUCACACAUUAGUAGCCAGUGAUCUUUGACAAACAUGCUACGAACAUCCACUGGAAAAAGGAAAGCCCUUUUAACAAAUGAUCCUGGGAAAAUUGGUUGGCCACAUACAGAAGAAUGAAACUAGACCCGUAUAUCUCACCACGUGCAAAAAUCAACUAAAAAUGGAUUAGAGACCUAAGUAUGAGACCUGAAACUGAGACUAUUAGAAGAAAACAUAGGACAAACAUUUCAGGACAUUGAAAUUGGCAAGAAUUUUCUAGAUCAGACCCCCAAAGCACAGGAAAUCAAGCUAAAAAAUAAAUAAAUGGGAUUUCAUCAAACUAAAGAGCUUCUGUACAGCAAAUGGAACAAUCAUCAGAAUGAAGACAAAACCUAUGAAAUGGGAGAAUACAUUUGCAAGCUACACAUCUGACAAGAGAUUAAUAUUGAGAAUAUAUAAGGAUUUCAACUUAAUAUCAAAAAAACCCUCCAGAUAAUUCAAUUUACUAAUGGACACUAGAUCUAAAGAGACAUUUCUCAAAGAUAGAAAUACAGAUUGCCAACAGGUACAUGAAAAAGUGCUCAGCAUAACCAAUCAUCAGGAAAUGCAAAUCAAAAGCACAAUGAGAUAUUACUUUACUCCGUUAAGAUUUGCUGUUAACAGAAGACAGCAAAUAAAAAGUGGUGUCAAGAAUGUGGAGAAAAAGAAACUUUUUUACAUUCUUAGUUAAGCUAGUACAGCCAUUUUGGGAAACAAUAUGAGGUCCUUCAGAAAGCUAAAAAUAGAUCUACAGUAUGAUCCAGUAAUCACAUUACUGGGUAUAUACCCAAGGGAAAUGAAAUCUAUAUGUCAAGAAGAUAUCUGCACUCCCAUGUGUAUUGCAGCACUAUGCACAACAGCAAGAAAUGGAACAACCUAGAUGUCCAUCCACCAGUGAAUGGAUGAAGAAAAUGUGGUAUAUAUAUAUACAAUGGAGUAUUAGCCAUUACAAGGACGAAAUAUUGUCAUUUGCAACACCAUGGAUGGAACUGGAGGUCAUUCUGUUAUGUGAAGAAAUCCAAGCACAGAAUGACAAGCAUCACAUGAUCUCACUCACAUCUGGAGUCCAAAAAACAGGUUAUCCCAGACAUUAAAAGCAUUAUGGUAGUUACCAGAGUCUGGAGUGGUAGGUGGAGAGGGAAAGAUGGAGGAAGAUUGAUUGACAGGUAUUAAGUUAUAGCUAGACAGGAAUAAAAAGUUGUGGGGUUCUACCGCACAGUAGGGUUACUAUAGAUAAUGGUGUACAAUGUAUUUCCCUAUUUAAAAAGCCUUAUAAGAUAGGAUUUUGGAUGUUUUUCCUAUAAAAAAUCUUAAAUGCUUGAAAGGAUAAAUAAAUUUAUACUGAUUGGAUAUUAUAU